CCUGUGUAUAUAUAUACACACACAGGCACACACAUCAAUAUAGAUCUUUGCUUGUUGAUUCAACAAGAGUUGUGGCAUUAAUUCCUCCAACUCCUUCCUACAAUUGCCGGGUGAUAGAAUUGCAUUUUGAUCGAUUGAGAAGCCAAAAGCUCAACAAGAAUGGGAAUAAUAACGGGUACUCUUCUUGUCUGGAUGGUCACUUAUAAAGUUGUUAAAAUGGUCAAAAAAAGGAAGGCUAGAAAGAAAGCGAAAGAUGCUAAAGUUGAGAUGGAUGUGCAAUUGGACUUGGAUAAACCUGACGAAAAAAACAGCCCAGACCCAGAACCUGUGAUGGAAUAUGAGUCACUUGAGAAGAAGGCUAAAGAACUGAAGCAACAAGGGAAGGGGAUUCGGAGGAGAGAGGAUGAGGCAAUCGACUCUUAUGGAAGGCAUGUUCAAACACUCAUGCCACUGCAUGGCGUUGCCUCUAUCUAUCUCCAACUAAGUUACCCCCAUGAUAGCCUGUGGGUCUCGGUUAUGAUGACAAUUCUCUUCUUCUUUGCCUUCGGGGUUGCCUUUAGGACGGCAUUGACGAAGCUCGAGAAAAUAUCUCAGUCGACUGGGGACCUCAGGAGAAGGCAGAAAGAUUUGCAGGAGCAAGUCAAAGAAUAUAAAGAAUUAUUUAGAGAGCUUUCGCGUCAGAUGCGUAGGGAAAUUGCGGGGCUGGAGGAAGCCAUAGCUGAGGCCAUGGAGCUAUCUAAAUCAAAAGAUAAGCAGGCCAACGAAUCAUCGGUGCUUCUCCCUCUCGCAGCUUGUGUAGUUGCAUAUGGGCUCUGUUUUCCUCUGGUCGCUGGCCUCUACACAUCCCACUCUGCUGCUUUCAACCAUUCUGCAAGUGCAAGGCUGUCUAUAUAUUAAUGCUAAUCCACAGCGGAAAGGAAUGGGAUUUUAAGGGCGCUGCCCUGAGAGGAGGUGGACUAUGAACUAUGAAGCAAUCAAGUCAAGUCCCUGGACACAGUUUUCAGUCUUCUCUGUUUGUUUUUGUAUUGAGUUCUCCUUUUACAGAAUCUUUUGGAUAUUUUUCAUUAAAAACAAGGA